CACACGGUUACAUUUCCUUUUCUUUUUUUCGUAAUUUAACACGAAAUCCGCAAGACGUCAGUGGUGUACGAUUUCUGCUCAAGGGCUAAUGCGACGGAGAUGUGUACUGAGGCCAAGCGCAGCCAUUGCAUACGCUCCCAACUUCAUACAUACUCUACAAAAUCAGUCACGAACAAGCCGAACGGAGAUAAACGUAACUGAAUGCAUGUAAAGGAGAUUGAGUAUAUAUUAUCUUCGCGUACCUAGUGACCAAGGCUUCAAGAACAGGGUCCCGAUAGGCAGCUCCUUGGUGAAUAACCCGCUGUCAGGAGGUGCACUGUAGAGCCUGGGCUGUUGUAGUCUUGUAUCUUUGUGUACCUAGUGACCAAGGCUUCAAAAACAGGGUCCCGAUAGGCAGCUCCUUGGUGAAUAACCCGCUGUCAGGAGGUGCAGUGUAGAGCCUGGGUUGUUGUAGUGUUGUAUCUUCGUGUACCUAGUGACCAAGGCUUCAAGAACAGGCUCCCUGGUGGAAAACGUUGGUGAAUAACCCGCUGUCAGAAGGUGCAGUGUAUAGGCCGUCAGUCUGGGUUGUUGUAGUCCCCAUAUUCUGAAACAUUUAGGCGCCCAAGCACGUGCAUUUGACAAGGCUUUCGUAGAAGUUUUGGGCAUUUGCAGAGGCAGUUUUAUGAGCCUUCUUGUAGUUUGAUAAUUCUUUUAUGCCAUGAACCUCCAAAACCACUCAUUAUAACGCGAUUGACCUACAUUCCGGCCAUAGCGGAAAUAUAGUUGAUGUGAGAGGCGGCAGCGUUUGAGAAUAUUGCCCAGAUUCUUAUAGCCUCGUGUAAAGACCAAGGUUUACCAAGGUCUUGAUAGGCCGCUAAUAGGCGCUGGGUCACCAUUCAUCAUAAGCGCGAGCCUUUGCUGCUAUGUCUAUCAGGCGAGGCGUGGGGAGUUCUGAACACCUGUUUCCUGUCCACAUAAAUCAUCUUGACUCGGAGCUCAGUGUGUGGCCCACCUCGGAUAGGAAAGUGUGUGCGCUCGCUGCUCUGAGAUGCAAGAUCACCGUUUGCUUGGCUCACAGCUCCUCAACGCGAGAAUAAGGCGCUGAGCUCUUGCUGGAGUGACUUUAAUAUUGUUAAACACAACAACAUAAAACCCCAGAGAUGAAAACUGUGUCGAAUCUCUGCGUCAAAAACGUGUGUGUGAUGUUUUAACAGGGCCAGCUAAUGAGCCCACUAAGAUGAGGGACUAUGGGUGUUGUGACUAACAGAACCUAAGUGACGAAAAGUGGCCUGGAGCACACUUCAGGAUCCCGGCAUUACUGCACUUUCGUGACGUGAUUGAAGUGACUGGGUGCACUUCAGAACUGAUACCAAAAACAUUGUGAGCUUUUCUGGGGUAUAUUUUUUCUUCUACUUUUUUUUCUCUCAACUACUACUACUACUACUACUACUACUACUACUACUACUACUACCACCUCCUCGUCCUCCUCUCCUCUUCCUCCUCGUCCUCUCCUCCUCGUCCUCUUCCUCCUCCUCCUCCUCCUCUCCUGCUCGUCCUCCUCCUCGUCCUCCUCCUCCUCCUCCUCCUCCUACUACUACUACUACUACUACUACUACUACUACUACUACUGUACUACUACCACUACUACUUUCCUCCUUCCCCUCUUCCUCCUCCUCCUCCUCCUCCCCUCUUCACUAUGGACACCACCACCGAGGACAUGGGCUCCUUUGAGAGGUCGGACGCGGCUGGUUGGGCGUACGUUCUGACCGCCUCGGCCGCCAUAAUCAUCUCCAUCCUUGGCUUCUUUGGCAACUUGCUAACCAUCCUAGCGCUGCCCCACGCCCGUCGUCUGAGGCACUCUGCUACGUGGCUGGUCGUUAACCUUGCCGUGGCGGAGGGCAUCUUCUGCGUCACCAUCCUGCCCAUCUCCGCUGCCCACCUCCUGCACCUCUACCACGCCGAACGCCCUCUCUUUGACGACACCGGCUGCAGCGUGUUCGUCUUCCUGCGCUACGUGAAUAUUCAGGCGGAGCUGUUGUCCAUUGCGGCUAUCGCUAUCAACAGAUGUGUCCUGAUCGCCAACCCCAAGGCGUACCCUCGGCUGUUCUCGGGGGCCAGGACGGCAAUGCUGGUGGCUGGCAUCUGGCUGGUGUCUAUUGCCAUUAUGCUCAUCCCUCUGCUUGGGAUCUAUGGUGCAUUCACCUACAACAACAACACAGAGGAGUGCGACUUUGAUGAUGAUACAGAUCAGGGCCGAGCACCACGCAAGGUGUUCCUGGCGCUGGGCUUCCUCCUCCCCUCCAUCAUCAUCAUUGCCUCCUACUCCUACAUCUACUUUAAGGCGCGGCAGAGCUCCUUAAGGGUGGAGCGUCAAAGGAGCGCCGACUCGAAAGCCAACUCCCACCGUCCGCAAGAGGGGCUGCGUGCUCGGGACAUACGCAUCGCACGCACCAUUGGGGUCAUCUUCCUUGUGUUCAUGGUGUGCUGCACGCCCGUCUCCAUCGCACACUUCAUGGAGUCCAAGGUAAGCCCUGAGGUACUGCUGCUGCUGCAUCCACUCUACUGGGCCCAGUACUGCAUCAACAUCCUCAUCUACGUCUUCAUGAACAGCCAGUACCGGGACGCCUACAUCAACUACAUCUCCCAGUGGUGGCCAGACUUCAAGGAGGUCACCCGGCGGAAGUUCCAGUGGAAGGAGGAGGCGACCAGUGGAGGAGACAGUCGCCGCAUGUCCCGGGCAACCACACCCAACCUCUCGGUCAGAUUCCAGGUGAACAAGAACCCCAGUGAGGUCCAGGCAUCACCCUUGCCACAGCUCAAUGACACUCGCCUAUAGACUAGCAAGGGAGGGAGCUCCAGGAGGAACAGGAAGGAGGCAAGGAAGGCAAAGAGUGGUGGGCCCUUACGUAUGUUGGUAGAGGAGAGAUAGGUACGUAGAUAAAUAUGUAGAGAGAGAGGAAGAAGAGAAGAGAAGAGGAGAAGGAAAUGAAAGGGAUGGAAAGGAAAGGAAAGGAAAGGGAAGGGAAGAGAAGCGAAAGUGAUAGAGAGAGAACGUAAUUGCCUGUCCAAUCUACUUAUGGCUAUGGGUGCUGAAACACUUCCUCAUACAUGUCGUUAAGUAUUUGUACAUAGACAUACAUAUAUAUAUAGAUACUAUACUGGUGCUGAAGGUCUUAAUAAUGAGUCCUCUAGAACCACAAGGCCAUAGGCACCACAAGGCCCAGAAGAAAGACUGUACCAAUAUAAUUAAGUGUCAAAGGUUGUCUGCCUGGAGAUAUAAUGGUUGUCUUAUGAUCCUCACUUUGCUGUAGUUUCCCCUAUCAUCUCAAAACAGAGGGAAGGUCAGUAAAGUCUCCUUGUAAACAGUUAUGGAUGUAUCAAGUGUCGUAUGGAGGUGUGACGUGAGAUAUAAUGGUUGUAUUAUGAUCCUCACUUUGCUGUAGUUUCCCCUAUCAUCUCAAAACAGAGGGAAGGUUAGUAAACUCUCCUUGUAAACAGUUAUGGAUGUAUCUAGUGUCGUAUGGAGGUGUGACUUGAGAUAUAAUGGUUGUCUUAUGAUCCUCACUUUGCUGUAGUUUCCCCUAUCAUCUCAAAACAAAGAAAAGGUUAGUAAACUCUCCUUGUAAACAGUUAUGGAUGUAUCAAGUGUUGUAUGGAGGUGUGACUUGAGAUAUAAUGGUUGUAUUAUGAUCUUACCUUUGCUGUAGUUUCCCCUAUCAUCUCAAAAUAGAGGGAAGGUCAGUAAACUCUCCUUGUAAACAGUUAUGGAUGUAUCUAGUGUUGUAUGGAGGUCUGUCUUGAGAUAUAAUGGUUGUAUUAUGAUCUUCCCUUUGCUGUAGUUUCCCCUAUCAUCUCAAAACAGAGGGAAGGUUAGUAAGCUCUCCUUGUAAACAGUUAUGGAUGGAUCAAGUGUUGUAUGGAGGUGUGACUUGAGAUAUAAUGGUUGUAUUAUGAUCCUCCCUUUGCUGUAGUUCCCCCUAUCAUCUCAAAACAGAGAUAAGGUCAGUAAACUCUCCUUGUAAACAGUUAAGGAUGUGUCAAGUGUUGUAUGGAGGUGUGACUUGAGAUAUAAUGGUUGUCUUAUGAUCUUACCUUUGCUGUAGUUUCCCCUAUCAUCUCAAAACAGGGAAGGUUUGUAAGCUCUUCUUGUAAACAGUUAUGGAUGGAUCAAGUGUUGUAUGGAGGUGUGACUUGAGAUAUAAUGGUUGUCAUAUGAUCUUACCUUUGCUGUAUUUCCCCCUAUCAUCUCAUAACAAAGGGAGGGUUAAAAAACUCUCCUUGUACAGACAGAGUGAUGUAUCGUUUCCUCUGUCUUGUGGAGGUGUGACUUAAGACAUUGGUACAUAAUCUUAAACACAUCAGUUUCCCAGUACGACUAUUUCCUAAGGCCACAGAAAAGAUUAACUGGGUUUUCAUGGGUGUUUUUGUCACUCAAGAUGCAGAAUUAAGACAUACGGUAUAAAACUACCACUAGCAUCACAAAACAGUCCUUGGAAAUCCCAACAGCUUCUACGAGAGGCUCUUCAAAUUGGGGAACUGAGGGGCUGAUGUGUUUAAAAAUAUGGGCUGUUAUUAGUUCUGUGGGCAGAAGACCACCAGGAAGGCCAAGGAAGACAUGGAGAAGGGUGGUGGAGGAAGAUAUGAGGAGGCUGAACAUCACGGAAGAAAUGGCUAUGGACCGGCAACAGUGGAGGAGGCUCAUAUCCCAUUCAACCCCACCAUAGGGAAUAAUUGGAUGAUGAUGAUAUUAGUUCUCUGGCCUUCUUAAGUUAGUGUCCAGGGCCUUGUGACUCUUUAGGGCUCAGAGUAUUUGUAUAAAGGGAGUCCAGUUGAUCAGUUUUGUCCAUCCCAGUAAGCCUAUAGUGUUGUCUGAUCUCAUAUUGAUUAAAAUGUGUCAGCCUGA